AUCUUAACUAAAAUUCAAGUAAAGCUUGCAAGUUUAUCACAAUGUCUAUGUCAGUUGAAGAUGUUCAUGUCAGGGAGGGUUUCCCACGACCCUUCCCUGACACUCCUACAAAUGUGUUCGAGCAAUUCUCGAUGAAGGGCAAGGUCGUAGUUGUGACUGGUGCUGGAGAAGGAAUUGGAUACUCUGUGGCUGAGGGAAUGGCUGAAGCAGGUGCAAAUGUUGUUCUUCUUUACAAUUCGAAUGACGCCGCCAUCAAGAAGGCUGAAGGUCUUGCAAAGACCCACGGUGUCAAGACUUCCGCAUACAAACUCAAUGUAACCGUUGCGGAAGAUGUGAAGAAUAUGAUCGCGAAGAUUGUAGACGACUUUGGAGCCAUUGAUUGCUUCGUUGCCAAUGCAGGGAUGCCCGACUCAAAACCAAUCUUAGAUAUGAGUUUGGAGGACUACAGAAGGCUCAUGUCGGUAAAUGUCGAUGGCGUUGUGUAUUGCUCUAAGUACGUUGGCGAGGUAUUCAAGCGUCAAGGCCGCGGCAACCUCAUCAUCACUUCCAGCAUAAGUGCCAAAAUCGUCAAUGUUCCCAUUGACCAGCCCGUAUACAAUGGCACCAAGGCAUUCGUAACACAAUUCGGCAAGUCUCUGGCCCGAGAAUGGAGAGAGUUUGCUCGCGUCAACAUUGUAUCUCCCGGCUUCUUCGAUACCAAGAUGGGCGCUGGGCCAGAGACGGUCAAUGAGGCCUACAGAAUGGCUGUGCUAGGCAGGCAAGGCCAUACUAAAGAGAUCAAGGCUUUAUAUCUCUAUCUUGCCAGCAAUGCGUCAACGUACACAACUGGAAGCGAUUUCCUUAUCGACGGAGGUUACUGCCUGUCUUAAGUUUUUGUAAAUG